GAGAGAGAGAGAGAGAGAGAGACGGCAUCGUCGUCGGCUUCGUGUGAAUUCCAAGCUGCUCUCGGACCGUCUAUUUAGGUGAGGCCCCCGUCGAUUCUCCCAGGCAGGGCAGGUCCACGUGCCAAACGCGGGACGGCAACUGUUGUACCAACCACGCGCGCGCGACGAGCCCGGCCAAGAAACCGUACGUCGUCUUCCUCGCGCGAUCCGGGCCAUGGCGCAGCAGCUGCAGCGGAGGGUGCUGCGGGUGGCACCGGGCGGGGCAGCGGCGGACGGGGAGGCGUUCCCGACGGUGCAGGCGGCGGUGGACGCGGUGCCGCUGGGCAACCGGGCGCGCGUCGUCAUCCGCCUGGAACCCGGGGUCUACAGGGAGCCCGUCUACGUCGCCAAGACUAAGAACUUCAUCACGCUCGCCGGCGCGUCGCCGGAGGCCACCGUCGUCUCCUGGGACAACACCGCCACGCGCAUCAAGCACUCCCAGACAUCCAGGGUUAUUGGGACGGGAACAUUUGGCUGUGGCACCUUUAUUGUUGAAGGGGAGGAUUUCAUUGCAGAGAAUAUCACGUUUGAGAACUCAGCUCCCCAGGGAUCUGGACAGGCAGUUGCAGCCAGAGUGACAGCAGAUAGGUGUGCUUUCUACAAUUGUCGGUUCCUUGGUUGGCAAGACACGUUAUAUUUACAUUAUGGAAAACACUACUUAAGAGAUUGUUAUAUUGAAGGCAAUUGUGACUUCAUCUUUGGUAACUCUAUUGCCCUUUUGGAACAUUGCCAUAUCCAUUGCAAAUCAGCGGGAUAUAUUACUGCUCAUAGUCGGAAAUCCAUUUCAGAAUCUACUGCCUAUGUAUUCUUGAGGUGUAUUAUUACUGGAAAUGGAGAAGCUGGAUAUAUGUUUCUAGGUCGACCAUGGGGGCCCUUUGGGAGGGUUGUCUUUGCAUACACUUUUAUGGAUCGCUGUAUUAAGCCUGAUGGGUGGCAUAACUGGGACAAAUCUGAGAAUGAACGAACUGCUUGCUUCUAUGAGUACAGGUGCUCAGGGCCAGGGUCCUACCCAUCAAACCGAGUGACUUGGUGUAGACAAUUGCUCGAUGUUGAAGCAGAGCAGUUCCUUGCACACACUUUUGUUGAUCCAGACCUCGAUAGGCCAUGGCUCCUCCAGAAGAUGGCGAUAAAAAUACCAACCUCAGCAUAGUCUGAUCUAGUUCAUGCCUCCUUCCUAGUCCAUCUAAUAAAUAAAUUUGGAGGAUUUAUGUAUAAAUUUUGUAACAUUUGGUCAGUUAGUACCUACGUUGACUAUAUUGAGAGAGAAAUAUUUUGUUGUAAGCUGCGAGCCUGUGACUGAUUUGAGAACUACUCUGAAAUACGAAAAGCGUAUUAUUAUGAA